AUGUUCCAAUUAGCAAAGACAACAGCUUUAACCCGCACUUUACAACAUUCCACAAAGACUUCCCUGUCGGGAGCAGCAUGUGCAGUGGCUCGUAGCAGUGGUGCUUUUACCUCUUCUUUCUCGACUACUGCUUCUACCCACGAGAGAUACACUCUGCCGGACCUCCCAUACGACUAUAACGCCCUUGAACCAAUUAUCUCCGCUGAAAUAAUGGAAGUUCAUCACAAGAAACAUCACCAGGCGUACGUGAACGGUUUAAACGUCGCCGAGGAGAAGUAUCAGCAAGCGUUACAGGAUAAAGAUGUUGCUACACAGAUUGCAUUGCAACCGGCUUUGAAGUUUAAUGGCGGAGGUCAUAUCAAUCAUUCGUUAUUUUGGCAGAAUCUUGCUCCUACUAAGCUAGGUGGCGGUGAACCACCGAAAGGCGCUCUUUUGAGUGAAAUUAAAAAAGAAUUCGGAACACUCGAGGACUUUAUCACGAAAUUUAAUUCGACAACUGCAGCUGUUCAAGGUUCGGGAUGGGGAUGGCUGGGAUACAAUAAAGCAGCCAAGCGUAUCGAAAUUGUCACGCUACCAAAUCAAGAUCCUCUAACAACAUAUAUCCCACUUCUUGGUAUUGAUGUCUGGGAGCAUGCAUACUAUUUGCAAUAUAAAAAUGCACGACCUGAAUACCUGAAAAAAAUUUGGGACGUGAUAAAUUGGAAGGCGGUAGCGGAACGAUUUGCCGAGGCUCAACAAUCCCUAUAA